GUCCUCAUUCUCUGCUCACUGAAUGGCUAGCCCGCUAACUCUUAAGUUAGCCAUGGGCAAAUUAAAAAGCAUUUGUGUCCUGCUGUGGAUAUGUGGGUACAGUGUCCUGGCCACCACAGAAGAAGGCUAUGCAAGAUCAGUGAGAGAUGCUGCCAUUCUGACCUCUUGUGACUUUAACCAGGAAAGUGCACCCUAUUGUCAGCUCCAGCAGGACGGCAACGACAACAGUGAUUGGACAAGACACCGAGGCCCCACCCCUACACCAGGAACAGGCCCCCCCGGGGACUACCCUGACGGCAAUGGGUUCUACAUCUACCAUGAGUGUGACAAUGUGGCCAACGGGCAGAAGGCUCGUCUUCUCAGCCCGGCCCUCUCCUCCACCUCCACCCAGAUUUGUGUCCAGUUCCACUACUACAUGUACGGCUCAGACAACCAGAACCACCUGCACGUGCUGGCCAAGAGGCCCACCUCGGAGGACAAAGUCUGGGAGAAGACUGGAAUCCAGAGCCCCUCCUGGCUUGGAGCUGCUGUCACUGUGGCCAAACCAGCAGGACAGACCCUAAAUAUUGUGUUUGAGGCACAGCGUGGAUUGUCUGCUUCUUGUGACUCAGCCCUGGAUAACAUUGUCAUUAGUGAGGGAGCUUGUCCAGCCUGUCUGACUGGUUGUGACUUCGACACUACUGAUGAUCUGUGCAGCUGGGAGGCACGUAAACCAUCACAUCCUGACUUGUUUGGUUGGGAGCAGUGGAUUGGUCAAACUGACACAGACGGAUCUGGUCCUGACGAUGACUUCUCCAAACCAGGCUUGGGCCAAUAUCUGCUGAUGGACUCGUUGUUUCGUGUCACUGGAGAGAAAGUAGAGCUGUGGAGCCCAACCACCACCUCCUCCUCUGGCUGUCUGGACCUUACCUUCCAUUACUACAUGUACGGCACUGCCACCACCAUGAAGCUCAAUGUCCACGCAGUGACCAGUGGAGGAAGCCUCGGUUCCCCUAUCUUCUCCUUGACAGGGAACCAGGGCCAGGGUUGGAAGCCUGCAGAGAUACGCUACCUUGGCUCAGAUAACAUGCAGUUUGUGAUCGUUGGCUUCUACGGUGAGACCCCUGAGACAGACAUCGCUAUAGACGCUGUAUGCAUCACAGAAUGCACAGCUCCUCCACCAACUACACCAAAACCUCCAACACCAGGAACAACUACCUCAGCACCAGGAACAACUACUUCAGCACCAGGAACAACUACCUCAGCACCAGGAACAACUACUCCCAAACCCUCAACCCCCAAGCCUUCUACACCAAAACCAUCAACCACAAAACCACCAGAUCCCAAACCCUCCACAGGGUCCCCAACUACAGUCAAACCAACUACUCCCAUACCAACGACACCUAAACCAACUACUCCCAUACCAACUACACCUAAACCAACUACUCCCAAACCUACUACCACAAAACCACCAGAUCAGUCCCCAACUACAGUCAAACCAACUACUCCCAUACCAACGACACCUAAACCAACUACUCCCAUACCAACUACACCUAAACCAACUACUCCCAAACCUACUACCACAAAACCACCAGAUCAGUCCCCAACUACAGUCAAACCAACUACUCCCAUACCAACGACACCUAAACCAACUACUCCCAUACCAACUACACCUAAACCAACUACUCCCAAACCUACUACCACAAAACCACCAGAUCAGUCCCCAACUACAGUCAAACCAACUACUCCCAUACCAACGACACCUAAACCAACUACUCCCAUACCAACUACACCUAAACCAACUACUCCCAAACCUACUACCACAAAACCACCAGUGACGUGCCCUCCCAAUGCUGAGUAUAUAGAGUGUGGCCCUGCCUGCAUCCCCAGCUGUAAGGAACCCUCCACCAACUGCACUGGCUCCUGUAUCAGCGCGUGUUUCUGUAAGCCAGGCUUUGUGUUCAAAGGCAGACGCUGUGUCCCCAUAGAAACAUGUGGCUGUCUGGAGGGAGGUGACUACUAUGAGCCAGGAGAGAUCAUCUUUGGUGACGGCUGCUCCAAGCUGUGUCGUUGUGCUGGAAACUACAUCUUGGACUGUGUGGACAACUCCUGCUCUCCCACGGAGGAGUGUCGCAACGGAGCCUGCUAUCCUAAAGACACCUCUACCUGUAUCGCGUCUGGUGACCCUCACUACACCACCUUCGACAAGAAGAAGUACAACUUCAUGGGGAACUGCAGCUACCUGAUGUCAGAGCCCUGUAACCACACGUCAGUGCCUCACUACGAGGUGCAUGCUGACAACGAGAACCGCUUCAACAAACCAACCAUCUCCUACCUGAAGGCUGUGCAUGUGUACGUGCGUGGGGUGAAGAUCUCCAUCUUGAAGGGAGGCACCGUGCAGUUGGAUGGUAUCAAUGUGAACAUCCCACUGACCCCAGCUACAGGCGUGUCUGUUUUGAAGUCUGGUAAACACUACACUGUAGCCAUGGACUUUGGUGUGACCGUACGAUAUGACGGAAACCACUAUAUGGACAUCAAGGUCAUCAAGGACUAUAAGGACAAGCUGUGUGGACUGUGUGGAGACUACAACGGAAACUCCAACGAUGACUUCAGGAAACCCGACGGUUCUCUGACCACCAACCCCAAUGACUUUGGACACAGCUGGGUCACAGAUCCCAAUUGUAACAAGAAGCCCAACACCACCAUCCCAGGGUGUACUGAUGAUGAACUGGACAGGUAUGAGAGCUCUGGCUACUGCGGCAUGCUACUGGACAAGAACGGACCGUUCGCUGUCUGUCACCCCAAGGUCAACCCCAAUAGUUUCUUCAAGGACUGUCUGUUUGACCUGUGUGAGCUGGAUGGUGCUCAACCCAUCCUGUGUGAGUCCAUCGAGUCGUACGUCAACGACUGUCAGGACCGAGGAGUCACCAUCGGAACCUGGAGGAACAGCACCUUCUGCCCUCUGACAUGCCCCAACAGUCAGUACGUGCCCUGUGCCGCCCCUUGCCAGCCCACCUGUGCCACCAGACCAUCCACAGGGUGUGAUGCUCCCUGUUCAGAGGGCUGUGUGUGUGACCCUGGUUACGUCCUCAGCGCCGGGAAGUGUGUCAAAGAGAACUCCUGUGGCUGCAAAGGCACCAACGGACAGUACUACGAGCCUGGUGAGGAGUGGUACCUGGAGGACUGUAAGCUGAAAUGUUAUUGUAACGCUCCCUUCGUCACCUGCAAUCCCUCUGAUUGCCCUCCAAUGCACGAGUGUAAGGUCCAGGGAGGAGAGCUGGACUGCUACCCUACAACCCCAACUACAGUCAAACCAACUACUCCCAUACCAACGACACCUAAACCAACUACUCCCAUACCAACUACACCUAAACCAACUACUCCCAAACCUACUACCACAAAACCACCAGUGACGUGCCCUCCCAAUGCUGAGUAUAUAGAGUGUGGCCCUGCCUGCAUCCCCAGCUGUAAGGAACCCUCCACCAACUGCACUGGCUCCUGUAUCAGCGCGUGUUUCUGUAAGCCAGGCUUUGUGUUCAAAGGCAGACGCUGUGUCCCCAUAGAAACAUGUGGCUGUCUGGAGGGAGGUGACUACUAUGAGCCAGGAGAGAUCAUCUUUGGUGACGGCUGCUCCAAGCUGUGUCGUUGUGCUGGAAACUACAUCUUGGACUGUGUGGACAACUCCUGCUCUCCCACGGAGGAGUGUCGCAACGGAGCCUGCUAUCCUAAAGACACCUCUACCUGUAUCGCGUCUGGUGACCCUCACUACACCACCUUCGACAAGAAGAAGUACAACUUCAUGGGGAACUGCAGCUACCUGAUGUCAGAGCCCUGUAACCACACGUCAGUGCCUCACUACGAGGUGCAUGCUGACAACGAGAACCGCUUCAACAAACCAACCAUCUCCUACCUGAAGGCUGUGCAUGUGUACGUGCGUGGGGUGAAGAUCUCCAUCUUGAAGGGAGGCACCGUGCAGUUGGAUGGUAUCAAUGUGAACAUCCCACUGACCCCAGCUACAGGCGUGUCUGUUUUGAAGUCUGGUAAACACUACACUGUAGCCAUGGACUUUGGUGUGACCGUACGAUAUGACGGAAACCACUAUAUGGACAUCAAGGUCAUCAAGGACUAUAAGGACAAGCUGUGUGGACUGUGUGGAGACUACAACGGAAACUCCAACGAUGACUUCAGGAAACCCGACGGUUCUCUGACCACCAACCCCAAUGACUUUGGACACAGCUGGGUCACAGAUCCCAAUUGUAACAAGAAGCCCAACACCACCAUCCCAGGCUGUACUGAUGAUGAACUGGACAGGUAUGAGAGCUCUGGCUACUGCGGCAUGCUACUGGACAAGAACGGACCGUUCGCUGUCUGUCACCCCAAGGUCAACCCCAAUAGUUUCUUCAAGGACUGUCUGUUUGACCUGUGUGAGCUGGAUGGUGCUCAACCCAUCCUGUGUGAGUCCAUCGAGUCGUACGUCAACGACUGUCAGGACCGAGGAGUCACCAUCGGAACCUGGAGGAACAGCACCUUCUGCCCUCUGACAUGCCCCCCCAACAGUCAGUACGUGCCCUGUGCCGCCCCUUGCCAGCCCACCUGUGCCACCAGACCAUCCACAGGGUGUGAUGCUCCCUGUUCAGAGGGCUGUGUGUGUGACCCUGGUUACGUCCUCAGCGCCGGGAAGUGUGUCAAAGAGAACUCCUGUGGCUGCAAAGGCACCAACGGACAGUACUACGAGCCUGGUGAGGAGUGGUACCUGGAGGACUGUAAGCUGAAAUGUUAUUGUAACGCUCCCUUCGUCACCUGCAAUCCCUCUGAUUGCCCUCCAAUGCACGAGUGUAAGGUCCAGGGAGGAGAGCUGGACUGCUACCCUACAACCCCAACUACAGUCAAACCAACUACUCCCAUACCAACGACACCUAAACCAACUACUCCCAUACCAACUACACCUAAACCAACUACUCCCAAACCUACUACCACAAAACCACCAGUGACGUGCCCUCCCAAUGCUGAGUAUAUAGAGUGUGGCCCUGCCUGCAUCCCCAGCUGUAAGGAACCCUCCACCAACUGCACUGGCUCCUGUAUCAGCGCGUGUUUCUGUAAGCCAGGCUUUGUGUUCAAAGGCAGACGCUGUGUCCCCAUAGAAACAUGUGGCUGUCUGGAGGGAGGUGACUACUAUGAGCCAGGAGAGAUCAUCUUUGGUGACGGCUGCUCCAAGCUGUGUCGUUGUGCUGGAAACUACAUCUUGGACUGUGUGGACAACUCCUGCUCUCCCACGGAGGAGUGUCGCAACGGAGCCUGCUAUCCUAAAGACACCUCUACCUGUAUCGCGUCUGGUGACCCUCACUACACCACCUUCGACAAGAAGAAGUACAACUUCAUGGGGAACUGCAGCUACCUGAUGUCAGAGCCCUGUAACCACACGUCAGUGCCUCACUACGAGGUGCAUGCUGACAACGAGAACCGCUUCAACAAACCAACCAUCUCCUACCUGAAGGCUGUGCAUGUGUACGUGCGUGGGGUGAAGAUCUCCAUCUUGAAGGGAGGCACCGUGCAGUUGGAUGGUAUCAAUGUGAACAUCCCACUGACCCCAGCUACAGGCGUGUCUGUUUUGAAGUCUGGUAAACACUACACUGUAGCCAUGGACUUUGGUGUGACCGUACGAUAUGACGGAAACCACUAUAUGGACAUCAAGGUCAUCAAGGACUAUAAGGACAAGCUGUGUGGACUGUGUGGAGACUACAACGGAAACUCCAACGAUGACUUCAGGAAACCCGACGGUUCUCUGACCACCAACCCCAAUGACUUUGGACACAGCUGGGUCACAGAUCCCAAUUGUAACAAGAAGCCCAACACCACCAUCCCAGGCUGUACUGAUGAUGAACUGGACAGGUAUGAGAGCUCUGGCUACUGCGGCAUGCUACUGGACAAGAACGGACCGUUCGCUGUCUGUCACCCCAAGGUCAACCCCAAUAGUUUCUUCAAGGACUGUCUGUUUGACCUGUGCGAGCUGGAUGGUGCUCAACCCAUCCUGUGUGAGUCCAUCGAGUCGUACGUCAACGACUGUCAGGACCGAGGAGUCACCAUCGGAACCUGGAGGAACAGCACCUUCUGCCCUCUGACAUGCCCCCCCAACAGUCAGUACGUGCCCUGUGCCGCCCCUUGCCAGCCCACCUGUGCCACCAGACCAUCCACAGGGUGUGAUGCUCCCUGUUCAGAGGGCUGUGUGUGUGACCCUGGUUACGUCCUCAGCGCCGGGAAGUGUGUCAAAGAGAACUCCUGUGGCUGCAAAGGCACCAACGGACAGUACUACGAGCCUGGUGAGGAGUGGUACCUGGAGGACUGUAAGCUGAAAUGUUAUUGUAACGCUCCCUUGGUCACCUGCAAUCCCACUGAUUGCCCUCCAAUGCAUGAGUGUAAGGUCCAGGGAGGAGAGCUGGACUGCUACCCUACAACCCCAACUACAGUCAAACCAACUACUCCCAUACCAACGACACCUAAACCAACUACUCCCAUACCAACUACACCUAAACCAACUACUCCCAAACCUACUACCACAAAACCACCAGUGACGUGCCCUCCCAAUGCUGAGUAUAUAGAGUGUGGCCCUGCCUGCAUCCCCAGCUGUAAGGAACCCUCCACCAACUGCACUGGCUCCUGUAUCAGCGCGUGUUUCUGUAAGCCAGGCUUUGUGUUCAAAGGCAGACGCUGUGUCCCCAUAGAAACAUGUGGCUGUCUGGAGGGAGGUGACUACUAUGAGCCAGGAGAGAUCAUCUUUGGUGACGGCUGCUCCAAGCUGUGUCGUUGUGCUGGAAACUACAUCUUGGACUGUGUGGACAACUCCUGCUCUCCCACGGAGGAGUGUCGCAACGGAGCCUGCUAUCCUAAAGACACCUCUACCUGUAUCGCGUCUGGUGACCCUCACUACACCACCUUCGACAAGAAGAAGUACAACUUCAUGGGGAACUGCAGCUACCUGAUGUCAGAGCCCUGUAACCACACGUCAGUGCCUCACUACGAGGUGCAUGCUGACAACGAGAACCGCUUCAACAAACCAACCAUCUCCUACCUGAAGGCUGUGCAUGUGUACGUGCGUGGGGUGAAGAUCUCCAUCUUGAAGGGAGGCACCGUGCAGUUGGAUGGUAUCAAUGUGAACAUCCCACUGACCCCAGCUACAGGCGUGUCUGUUUUGAAGUCUGGUAAACACUACACUGUAGCCAUGGACUUUGGUGUGACCGUACGAUAUGACGGAAACCACUAUAUGGACAUCAAGGUCAUCAAGGACUAUAAGGACAAGCUGUGUGGACUGUGUGGAGACUACAACGGAAACUCCAACGAUGACUUCAGGAAACCCGACGGUUCUCUGACCACCAACCCCAAUGACUUUGGACACAGCUGGGUCACAGAUCCCAAUUGUAACAAGAAGCCCAACACCACCAUCCCAGGCUGUACUGAUGAUGAACUGGACAGGUAUGAGAGCUCUGGCUACUGCGGCAUGCUACUGGACAAGAACGGACCGUUCGCUGUCUGUCACCCCAAGGUCAACCCCAAUAGUUUCUUCAAGGACUGUCUGUUUGACCUGUGUGAGCUGGAUGGUGCUCAACCCAUCCUGUGUGAGUCCAUCGAGUCGUACGUCAACGACUGUCAGGACCGAGGAGUCACCAUCGGAACCUGGAGGAACAGCACCUUCUGCCCUCUGACAUGCCCCCCCAACAGUCAGUACGUGCCCUGUGCCGCCCCUUGCCAGCCCACCUGUGCCACCAGACCAUCCACAGGGUGUGAUGCUCCCUGUUCAGAGGGCUGUGUGUGUGACCCUGGUUACGUCCUCAGCGCCGGGAAGUGUGUCAAAGAGAACUCCUGUGGCUGCAAAGGCACCAACGGACAGUACUACGAGCCUGGUGAGGAGUGGUACCUGGAGGACUGUAAGCUGAAAUGUUAUUGUAACGCUCCCUUCGUCACCUGCAAUCCCUCUGAUUGCCCUCCAAUGCACGAGUGUAAGGUCCAGGGAGGAGAGCUGGACUGCUACCCUACAACCCCAACUACAGUCAAACCAACUACUCCCAUACCAACGACACCUAAACCAACUACUCCCAUACCAACUACACCUAAACCAACUACUCACAAACCUACUACCACAAAACCACCAGUGACGUGCCCUCCCAAUGCUGAGUAUAUAGAGUGUGGCCCUGCCUGCAUCCCCAGCUGUAAGGAACCCUCCACCAACUGCACUGGCUCCUGUAUCAGCGCGUGUUUCUGUAAGCCAGGCUUUGUGUUCAAAGGCAGACGCUGUGUCCCCAUAGAAACAUGUGGCUGUCUGGAGGGAGGUGACUACUAUGAGCCAGGAGAGAUCAUCUUUGGUGACGGCUGCUCCAAGCUGUGUCGUUGUGCUGGAAACUACAUCUUGGACUGUGUGGACAACUCCUGCUCUCCCACGGAGGAGUGUCGCAACGGAGCCUGCUAUCCUAAAGACACCUCUACCUGUAUCGCGUCUGGUGACCCUCACUACACCACCUUCGACAAGAAGAAGUACAACUUCAUGGGGAACUGCAGCUACCUGAUGUCAGAGCCCUGUAACCACACGUCAGUGCCUCACUACGAGGUGCAUGCUGACAACGAGAACCGCUUCAACAAACCAACCAUCUCCUACCUGAAGGCUGUGCAUGUGUACGUGCGUGGGGUGAAGAUCUCCAUCUUGAAGGGAGGCACCGUGCAGUUGGAUGGUAUCAAUGUGAACAUCCCACUGACCCCAGCUACAGGCGUGUCUGUUUUGAAGUCUGGUAAACACUACACUGUAGCCAUGGACUUUGGUGUGACCGUACGAUAUGACGGAAACCACUAUAUGGACAUCAAGGUCAUCAAGGACUAUAAGGACAAGCUGUGUGGACUGUGUGGAGACUACAACGGAAACUCCAACGAUGACUUCAGGAAACCCGACGGUUCUCUGACCACCAACCCCAAUGACUUUGGCAGCUGGGUCACAGAUCCCAAUUGUAACAAGAAGCCCAACACCACCAUCCCAGGCUGUACUGAUGAUGAACUGGACAGGUAUGAGAGCUCUGGCUACUGCGGCAUGCUACUGGACAAGAACGGACCGUUCGCUGUCUGUCACCCCAAGGUCAACCCCAAUAGUUUCUUCAAGGACUGUCUGUUUGACCUGUGUGAGCUGGAUGGUGCUCAACCCAUCCUGUGUGAGUCCAUCGAGUCGUACGUCAACGACUGUCAGGACCGAGGAGUCACCAUCGGAACCUGGAGGAACAGCACCUUCUGCCCUCUGACAUGCCCCCCCAACAGUCAGUACGUGCCCUGUGCCGCCCCUUGCCAGCCCACCUGUGCCACCAGACCAUCCACAGGGUGUGAUGCUCCCUGUUCAGAGGGCUGUGUGUGUGACCCUGGUUACGUCCUCAGCGCCGGGAAGUGUGUCAAAGAGAACUCCUGUGGCUGCAAAGGCACCAACGGACAGUACUACGAGCCUGGUGAGGAGUGGUACCUGGAGGACUGUAAGCUGAAAUGUUAUUGUAACGCUCCCUUCGUCACCUGCAAUCCCUCUGAUUGCCCUCCAAUGCACGAGUGUAAGGUCCAGGGAGGAGAGCUGGACUGCUACCCUACAAGUUCCCAGGACUGUGUGAUCUCUGGAGACCCCCACUACAAUACAUUUGAUAAUAGGUUCUACAGCUUCAUGGGGACCUGCACCUACACCCUGGCCAGGACCUGCAAGAACAACACAGGUCCCUGGUUCUCUGUGGAGGGUAAGAACGAGGAGCGUGGUCUGGCUGGAGUGUCCUACCUGAAAAAGCUCUAUGUCACUGUCGAUGGAAUCACUGUCACAUUAAUGAAGAGCAGGAAGACUCUGGUGAAUGGAAAGCGAGUGUCCCUCCCUCACUCCCCCUCUCCGCUCCUCUCUCUAUCGCUGGCGGGUCAGUACGUCACGCUGCAGACUCCGUUCGGCCUCAAGGUGCGCUGGGACGGAAACCACUACGCCCAGAUCUCAGUGCCCAGCUCCUACUCUGACAAGAUGUGUGGUCUGUGCGGAGACUACGACGGUAACCCUAACAACGACUUCACCAAGCCGGACGGAUCCCAGGUCACCACCUCCAAGGACUUUGGAAACAGCUGGAAGACCGAGGAAGAUGAGGAUGUCACAUGCAAACCCGACACCGACCCAGAUCCACACUGUGAUCCCUCACUAGAGGCAGAGGUUUCCAAACCUGACAACUGUGGGAUAUUAACAGACACCAAAGGACCCUUCAGGGAGUGCAUAGCGUCGGUGGACCCUACUCCGUUCUUCCAGAGCUGUGUGUAUGACAUGUGUCGCUUCGUGGGCCAACAGCAGAUGCUGUGUGACCAGCUUCAGGUGUAUACCGACGCCUGCCUGAGCGCAGGGAUCAAGGUCCACCCCUGGAGGGAGACAGAUUUCUGCCCUCUGGCCUGUCCUCCCAACAGUUCUUACUCCAUGUGUGUGAGCUCCUGUCCAGAGACAUGUCUGGGUGUCAGCGGCCCCCCUGGUUGCUCCGAGGUGUGUGUGGAGGGGUGUGAGUGUAACCGUGGCUUUAUCCUCAGUGACGACAAGUGUGUUCCUGUUAAAGACUGUGGCUGUGUCAACUCCUCUGGAGACUACCAUCCUGUGGGGGACGCCUGGUACCUGGAAGGCUGUAAGGAGAAGUGUGUGUGUCUGGGUGGAGGGGUGCUACAGUGUCACAACACCACCUGUACCCCGGCAGAGAGCUGCGGCCUGCAGGAUGGGGAGUUAGGAUGUUACCCACUGGAAACAGGUAUCUGCACUGUACAGGGCGACCCUCACUACACCUCUUUCGAUAAAAAGGUGCAUAACUUCAUGGGUUCCUGUUCCUACACUCUCACCAAGCCAUGCAAUGAGUCCUCCGGCUUGCCGUACUUCACCGUCGACACGCAGAACGAGCACCGAGGCAGCAACAAGAAGGUGUCGUACGUCCGAGCCGUCAUGGUCAAGGUCUCCGGGAUGACUGUCAUCUUGGGAAAGGGACGCAAAAUACAGGUCAACGGUACCCUGGUGACCCCUCCCGUGACGCUGACCAAUGGGGUGAAGAUCUACCUGAGCGGGAAGUUCGUUGUGUUGGAGACGACCUUUGGCCUGCGGGUGAGGUUCGAUGGUAACCACCACGCUGACGUCACUCUGCCCUCCUUCUACAACGAACUGCUCUGUGGACUUUGUGGAAACUUCAAUGACCAACCUGGUGAUGACAACAUCAAGCCAGAUGGUAAACCAGCCGUCAACACCAACGAACUAGGAGAGAGCUGGCAGGUACCCGACGACCGCCCCGACUGCACCCACGGUGGAGGAGAGGAGGAGUGUGAUCCCAAGGUGGAGGCAGAGGCUGUGAAACCUACCAGCUGUGGGAUGAUCAGUGACCCUAAUGGUAUCUUCAAGCCGUGCCACGCGGUGGUUCCCCCCAACAUCUACCAGGAGAACUGUGUGUAUGACCAGUGUGCUACAGGAGGAGAGACGGUGGCUCUGUGCCAGGCUAUAGAGAGUUACGCUGACCUGUGUGCCUUGGCUGGAGUACCCAUCGCAUGGAGGAACAACACCUUCUGUCCUCUGAAGUGUCUCCCAGGCAGCCACUACGAGCCCUGUGGUAGCGCCUGUCCCUCCAGCUGUCAGAACCCUACUUUCAACUCCACCUGUAACCAGCCCUGUGUAGAGGGGUGUGUAUGUGACCUCGGACUGCUCCUCAGCGGAGACAAGUGUGUCCCACCCAGCCAGUGUGGCUGCACCGACGAGGAUAACAACUAUAGGCCGGUGGGAGACAGUUGGUUCACUGAGCUGGACUGUUCGGAGCGUUGUAGGUGUAACCCUGGCAGCAACAUGACCUGUGAGCCGUGGCAGUGUAGCCCCGCCCAGGAGUGUAAGGUGUUGGAGGGAGAGCUGGGAUGUUUCUCAACAGGUUUGGCUGUGUGUCAUGUGUCUGGAGAUCCUCACUACUACACCUUUGACGCUGUCAUGCACACCUUUAUGGGUACCUGUACCUACACCCUGGUAGAGGUGUGUAACUCCACCAAGGUAACUCCGUCCCCCAUCUUCUUUCCUGGAGGGAGGGCUGUCAGGUGUGAUAACUCCACUGAGGAGUUCACCAUCGUGGCGAGGAAUGAGGACUGAGGUCCAGGGGAGUCUUACGUGCACUCUGUUACAGUCUACCUUCCCAACGCCAACAUCACGCUACAGAAGAGCCGCAGAGUUCUGUUGAACGGGCACAGGGUGCGUACUCCUCUGUCCAUCGAUGUGGCCGGGGCCAGGGUCUUGAGUAGUGGUGUCUACAUUCUACUGGACACUAACUUUGGCCUGAAGGUGAAGUUUGAUGGAGUCCAUCACCUGGAGAUCAUCGUCCCUGGAGAGUACUUCAACAAGGUGUGUGGUAUGUGUGGUAACUUCAACAUGAACACGUCUGAUGACAACCUGAAACCAGAUGGAAAGCCGGCCAAGGACGUGAUGGAACUGGGCAACAGCUGGAAGUCAGAGGGAGACUCAGACCCAGGAUGCUCGCCAGAUGAGCGUCCCAGCAUCCACCCCAACUGCACGACAGAAGAAGAGAACCAGUACGAGACCCUGUGUUCUUCUGUUGUCCUCGGAGACAAGUUCAAGCCCUGCCACUCUUUACUGUCCCCAGAGGCUUUCCUGGGGAACUGUGUGUAUGACAUAUGUGAAUACGACGGCAUGCAGGCCACACUGUGUGAUAACGUGGAAGCAUAUGCACAAGCCUGUCAGUCAGCCGGGGUCACCAUCAGCUGGAGGAACAAUACAUUCUGUCCCCUGCCGUGCCCCCCCAAUAGCCACUACUCUGACUGCACGGCCCCCUGCCCCCCCACCUGCUCUGACCUGUUCCCCACGCUCUGCCACCUGCCCUCUACCACCUGCGUCGAGGGGUGCCAGUGUGACGCCGGGUUUGUCCUCAGUGAUGUGCAGUGUGUUACUCUGGCCAAGUGUGGCUGUGUGGACAGAGUGGGAGAGUACCAUGAUGUGGGUGACUCGUGGUUGACGGACCACUGUGAUGGCCAGUGUACCUGUAACCUGGGAGGCUCCAUAACCUGCUCAGACGUUAAAUGCCCCGACAAUUCUGUCUGCAUUCUGGACAAAUAUGGAGAACUCUACUGCAAACCUGAGAAGUUCAACAGGUGCAAUAUCCACGGUGACCCCCACUACCGUACGUUCGAUGGGCUCACCCACCACUUCCAGGGCCCCUACACCUACACCCUGACCCAGGGUCACGACCUCCCCAGCUCACUGGUCGAUCUGCAGGUGCGGGGGAAGAACGUCCAUCGUGGUGGCAGCAGGAAGGUCUCCUACCUAGAUGAGGUGUAUGUCGAUGUCUACGGAGUCAGUAUCCGAUUCCUGCAGAAGAAAGUAGUACUGGUGAAUGGUGAGCGUGUGGCUCUUCCUGUCAGUCCUAGAGGCGGCCUGACCAUCACGAUAAACUCGAAGAACGUCCAGCUGGUCGCCGACUUCGGCAUGACCGUACGCUUCGACGGCAAGCAGCACGGAGAGGUGAUCCUACCCAGUACGUACAGAGACAGGGUGAGGGGUCUGUGUGGGAACUAUGAUGGGGUCUCCAGGAAUGAGUACAUGAAACCAGAUGGAACCGUGACGCGGAACCUUGAAGAGUUUGGAAGUAGCUGGAGGGUGACUGACAGGCAGGGGGCGGAGCUAGUGACAUCAGAACUCCCCAAGAUGGUGCACCUACACAGGCGUGAUGUGGAGACGGACCCAGAGACAGGCUUUGAGACAGCAGGUUGUACUGACGCUCAGCUGGCUGAGUUCAAGGGUAUUAAACAGUGUGGAGCCAUAUCAGACCCUACAGGACACUUCGCUGCCUGCCAUGCAUCACUACUCCCCUACAGCUUCCAGGAGGACUGUUUGUUUGACCUGUGUGCGGAUCAGGAAACCGACUCCCUGCGUUGUGACAGUUAUGAGGUGUACGCCCUGGCCUGCCAAGAGGCUGGAGUCAAACUGGGCAACUGGAGACAACAGCUGGGCUGUGUCCUGAGCUGUGUAGCCAACAGUGCCUACUCUGAGUGUAUGACCCCUUGCCCUGCCUCCUGCGCUGAUCUGGCCGCGCCCUCCGAGUGUGACUUCACUGCCUGUGUUGAGGGGUGCCAGUGUUCCCCAGGAUUCACCAUGAGCGGAGGCAUCUGUGUUCCCUACAGCGAGUGUGGCUGCACCUACCUGGAUAGAUACUACCCUCUUAAAGAGAGGUUUGUGACAGAGGACUGUGCCCUGUCCUGUGAGAGUACGCCCUCGGGCGCCGUGUGCCAACCUAAAGGCUGUUCCGACACACACGUCUGUACUAUCUUCAACUUCACACGUGACUGCUACAAAAAGAGCCCGUGUCUGAGUGACCCCUGUCUGAACAACGGUAUAUGCUCUGAGAUUACAGUAGAUUUAUUCAGCUGUCAGUGUCCAGAGGGUUUCGAGGGCAACCUGUGUGAGAUUGAGAAGACGGAUACCAGCGGAGGCCUGGAUAAGAACACGAUCAUAUUCAUCGCAGUCCUGGUGCCUCUGGGAAUCAUCAUCAUAGCACUGAUCUGUGUGUUAUGCUACAAAUGCUGUAGAAAGAACAAAGAAAAUAAGUAUUAUUGUGACAGCACAGAUUCAAAACAUGGGAAGCCAGCGAAAGAGAGAAGCAGGAGAAAAACACCUGUCCCACCUAUUCAGCUGAUUUAUUGCAGAGGCACCCAGUACAACAUGCAUCUUAAGGACAGCAACGUCAAAUAUGACAACUUCGGCAACAAUGAGAAGAACGCAAGCAACAAUGUGACUCCCAUGUAGCUGGAGAGAGAGAGAACUCAAGAGUUCCAUGUUUACUGGCAGAUGAAUGUACAGAGGUCACACACAAACACAAGCUAGACCCUAACAGUGGCAUGAUACUCAAUAAUACUACAUGUCAUUUAGCAGAUGCGUGCAUAACAAUUAUACAAUUUUUUUUUUUUUGCAAAUGGGUGGCCCCAGGAAUCAAACCCACUAUCCUGGCAUUGUAAGAGCCAUGCUCUACCAACUGAUCUACAGAGGACCACUCUGUAAAUCCAGUAAAAUGCUGACAAGUUUACUUUAAAAUGCAUUUUAAAAUCCACACAAAUUCAUAACAGUCCGUAACAUCAAUGUUAAAUAUUUGUCCCGAUAUUAUUUGUAGAAUUUGUGAAUAUUGUCAUUAUAUUACCUGCUUUUAUUAACGUAUUCAUGCUUUUGUUGUUGUAAUUUGAUCAUGUGUGAAAUAUGAGAUGUCCGAAAAGAUCCAAGGAAAAGUGAAAUUAUUAAAUGCCUAAAGCGCCUAAGAUGUUAUUGAUUUAAUUAAAUGAUGUUGCUGCAAGCAUAAAA